UUGAACAGAUGCAAACCCUAAGCAGAUUAAAUGGACGAAACACACCUUUAAUUGGAUUCCCUCCCCCUCUAUAUAUAUGUAUAACUUCCUUUAUUUCUCCGCCAUGUUUUCUUGAAGUUGCAGUCUCUUCCUCUCUGUAAUUAUCUUCUCUCGUCAGGAUCUAGUUGAAACGUGUGGGAUUUGAAAGUGACUUCAUUAGCAGUCUCCAGGGUUUGAUGUUUGAAAAUAUCUGGUAAGGCAGCAUUUUGCAAGAAGAACAUAUCUCGUGCAAAAUUUUGGACUCAUGCCUGUAUCAGGAAAUGAAGAGACUGGGGUCAAAUCUGUCUCCUGGAAGUGUAGUGAUUAUGUUGCAGAUAUUCCUAUCAAGAAAAGAAGGUUUCCUCUAAUUCAGCCUCCUUCUCCUCCACCAGGAGAAUCAUCCUCAUCUCAGCUGGAAACUGAUUCUAAUCAAAAUGGACAACCGAGGAUAUGUAAGGGGACUUCUGUUUCAGAUGUUAGUGUUCCUGCAAGUUUAUCUGGCAUAUCUGAUUGGAAAGAGGGAAAGUCUGAUAUGGAAGUGGCACAAAUCAAUGUUAGCCUUGCAGCAGCUUCAUGUGAGAUGUCCGGUGGGAACAAGAAUUCAGUGAUCGAGGAGGAAAAACAAAACAUUGAUGAUGAAAAAGGUGAAGGGGAUGUUGGUAACGAAUCUAAAGCCGAAUUUAAAGAACUGAAACGUAGUAUUUGCUCUAUUUCUUCGGUUGAUAUGGAUAUCAAGGAGAGGGUAUUGCCUGCUGACAAAGCUUAUAAUAUCAUGAGUAUUGCAGAGAAAACUGAGCUGCAAUUAGAACCUAAUGAUACUCUUGCUCCAAGUGUUGGGAAAGAGACAUACGACCAGGAUAAGGGGGAAGGGAAGAGUAAAUCAGAAAGAUCUCUGACAUUUGGGAAUGCGAAAUUGUCAUUAGGUUUAAAUAAUGAUAAUCCUUCAACUGUGGUGAGUCAGAGUGAAGAAGGGAGUCAGACUUCUCCAAAGGGCUUGGAACCUAUUUCAUUGAAUCUGUUUUUAAGCAACGGGGAAAGCAGUAAAGGUGAUGCCAUUCAGUCAAACAGGAAAGGCCCUAAUUUGCAUGCUAAUAGAUCAGAUUGGGAUUUGAACACUGCUAUUGAUUCAUGGGGAAAUUCUGUCAGUGGUGCAGCUGAAGGUCAGCCCCCUGCUGAUAGAUUGAGUACAGGUGAUGGGGAUCUGAUUAAAAAGCCUUUUAUAUGCUCACCCAUGGUUGUUCCUGGUGAGACAGCUGAAAAGCAAAUCCUCGAAGAGAGUGAGGACAGAUCUAGCUUUGCUAAAUCUUCAUCAUUGUGUGCCCAGAAAUAUAUUCCUGAAGAUCCUCUUCACUUGCGUCUAAGUCCAUCUUGUAUACCUUUUAAUGCGGGUAAAGAACCUUCGUGUUCAUCGGUAGAAGUUGAUUCUGCUAGGGUUCUUCCUAGCAUUAGCAUGCUCAGAGGUUUGUCGGCCAGCAAUCUGAACAUGAUUAAUAGUAGUUCUGUUAAAACAGAACCUUCUGAAGAUAGUAUCAAACACGGUCUUGCAGAAGCUAAAACUAAUCUUAUGGGGCUUCCAGAUUUUAACGUUAAGCCUGAAUUGAAUGAGAAGAUUAGUGGAGACGUUCUCAAGUCGUCGAAUAGUUGCACCCUUAGACUGGUUGAUCAAAGAUCAAUAAAAUCUGAACCAUUUCUUGGGACUAAUGCAGAGACAAUGAAGACAUUGAAGCGACCACUUGACCACUCUAAUAAAAUGGUUCUGCAAGCUCAGGAUUUGGGACAGCCUACUUACUCGACCAAUUUUUCAAUUAGAUGUGGCAAAUUAGAUGUUUUAGAACAUUCCAUGCAGAAUAAAGGUGCAGAGCUUAGUGAGGUACCUAAGAAAACCUGCGAAGGACAUGAGCAAGUUGGUUCAGAAAUGAUUUCAGGACCUGCUGGUCCCAUUGGCAAUGAAGAAAAUAUUGUUACUACAGCAGACACUGAAAUGACUAGUGAUAAAAAUGUUGAUAACCCUGUGCAGUUCAGAUUACAAUUAGCUGACAAGUUCCACCAAGAAUUACGUGCUAAUGGUGAGGGUUGUGUGAGUGACGAGGAAAAGAUAAAUAUACCUGAAGACAUGUUGGAAGAAGAUUCUGAUGGUUCUGAUUGCGAGUCUGAUGGCAAUCAUGAUUUAAAUGUGUCCAUGAUUACUGAGCAAAAUCAUGAAGAAGAGGACUAUGAAGACGGUGAGGUUCGAGAACAGCUUGUGUAUACUGCCGAUGAAGGUCCUACAAAUGAGAAAACAGAAGAAAAUUUUAUUGAAAUUAAUUUGAAUGAUAAAAUAACGAACUAUGCGGGAGUUCCUGGAGAUGAUGAUCCAUCUUCCCAUUUUGGCAAAAAUGACACUAAAGUUGAAGACCCUGGUGAAACAAAUGAUGAUACUUUUGUAGAUUGUGUUGACACAGCUCACGAUGGGAGUACUGAUAAAGAUGCUGAUCAGGAUAAUUGUUUACAAGAAUCAUCUACAAUUGGGUUUCAGACCAGUCAGCCUGAGAGUAAGACGCCAAUCCAGACAGCUAAUAAAGGAUUACUUGAUAUUUCGGAAGGAAGAGUUGGCGAAGAGGUUCAGGAAGCAAAAAAGCAAUCUGACCAAGUUAUUGAUGUAAGCCAAGGGACUUUGGAUACUGUUCCUCAGUUGUCAGAAGACGAUAUUGAGAAAAGCACUAUGGUAGAGAACAAUGAAGCGGCAUUAUGCAAAAAGGAAUCAUCUUUAGAUGGUGAUAAUGCAACUAAGGACAAUGGUGGCGGAGGUAAUCGAAGUCGGAUUAUCAACCUGGCACGUUUGUCUAAUGUGUCCCCUCCUGGUAAUUCAAGAUAUAUGCCAGGCAAGCUCUUGUCCUCACAGCUUGGAAGGGAAAGAUUGCCUGAUAUAGCACUUGAGCGAGAUAAUUUACAUCCUCGAGGGAGUGAUGAAAUAUACAACAUUUUGUCCCACAAAUUCACAAGAGAGAGGCAUCAAGAUCAGCCAUCUAGGAACUCUAGAUUUAAUUACGGCCGCAGUAGAGGGAGGGUUUCCAGUCGUGGAGACUCUCUAAAUGAUGAUUGGGAAACUGAACGUGACUUUGGCCCAGGGUAUUAUCAUGGUGCAACAAAGUUUCGUUUACCCAGACAUAAAUAUGCAUCUGGCGUCGCUGAAGCUCAAAUUGGAUAUGAUAAUUGUAAUGUUGAGCCAGAUGGUAAAUUUGUUGGUUCUGGUCGGGGAGGGAGGAAACUACUCAAUGAUGAAGCACCAACUUUUCGCCGUGGAUUGUCGAUUAGGCAGACGCCUGGAGGUCGAAAUGGGCCUGCACAUAGCCUUCAUAUGAUCCAUAGAGUUCCUCGAAACAUUAGCCUAAGUCGAUGUAUGGGUGAUGAUGGUUCAGAAGAAGUGGGGUUAAGGAAUGGUGAGAAGUUUGUGAGGGGUUUUCCUGAUGAUGGUACAGAUCAUGAACUUAACCGUACCCGACCUCCAUAUGAUGAUGUCAAUUUUUUCCGAGGGAAUAGGAACUUUUCAUCUGCAUAUAGAAGAGGGGGUUUCUCCCGAAUUCGUUCAAAAUCUCCUAUCAGAUCUCGCUCACCUGGUCCAUGGUCAUCACCAAGGAGAAGAUCUUCCGAUGGGUUUGGUGGACGGCCAGAAUUGCCUCAUCGAAGAUCAGGGGCAAUUUACAGGAUGGGUAGGAUGAGAUCACCUGAUCCUCCUUGUUACCCUGGAGAAAUGUUGAUGCGAAGGCAGUGUUCCCCUCCGUACAAUUCUCGUCCAUCUAAUGAUUUGAGGGAAGUGGAAUCUAGGCGUGAUCAUGGUCAACCUAGAUCUGUCAUCCCUAGUAGGAGCACAGCUGGCCGUGUCGUACACAGAAACAGUCGGAGGUUUGAUAUUGUAGACCCUCAAGAAAGGAAUGAUAGUGAUGAAUUCUUUGCUGAGCCUAUGCAUUCUUCUCGAUUUUCUGAACUUGGUGGUGAAGCUGGUAGUGAAGAGAGAAGACGACUUAGUGAGCGACAAGGACCUGUCCGUUCUUUCAGGCCCCCAUAUGACGGUACUGAUGAUGGAAGCUUCCAUCUCGAUAGAGAGGAUGGCCCUAGGCCUUUCAGGUUCUGUCCAGAAGAUGAUCCUGAUUUUCAUGGGAGAGGCAAUAGAGAAUUUGACAGAAGGAUUAAGAUUCGUCCAGGUAAUGUGCCUAGAAGAACAAGAGGCAUUGAAGAUGAGGAAGGAAACUACAGGCAUGGGGGGCGGGUAAUGUAUGAAAAUGGAUUUGAUGAUAUGUCACGAGUAAAGAGAAAAAGAUUUUGAAUGGGUCUAUCUGCGUAUGCCUUAGGCCAGAAGGAAGAAUUUGAUAAUUCAGUUGAGAUGUGGAGCUAACUAGCAGAAGUAGCUUUUGUAUUCUAUAAGCUAAUGGAAUUUUCAUCUGGUGGAUGGACAUAACAAGUUACUGUUCAGUUAGCAGUUCUUAGUCAACUUUGUAGUGAGAGAAACUAUAUGCUAGUUGGAGUUUGCAAUAUUAGCUUGGCUUCCUUCAGUGCUAUGGCGCUAAUUCUCUUGGAGCUCGUUUGAUGUGUCCCUUACAUGCUUCUAGCUCAAGUUCAACUAAUUCUGGGUUCGCAAUCGAGGUUUUCUAGUGCUUUUGGUAGGUGAUCAUUAGGCAAUAACAUAAAUUAUGAGCUCCAAAUAGACCUAAUAAGCUGGUCAUCUCACGACAAAGCAUACGCAGGUAGCAUUAGCCGUGAUGAUUGCUACUUGCUUCUACAUUUUCUGUUGUUUAUUUAUGCCAACAAGUUCGCUUGUAGUAUCUCUGCAUUUUCUGGAACUUAUUUGCUCCUACGUUAUGGGUCUCCUGUGCCUUCUGCAAAUGUUGGUAGUUUCAUUCUCAAUAGAUAUUACUUCUGUUAAGGUAAAGGUGAAACUAGGGUGACAGGGAUAAGAGGCGGUGGAAUGAUGCAAAAAGGAGGUAGUCAAAUCAGACUAGUUCUAAUGGUUGGAUAUCUGCUGAAUUGGUUGGUGGCUUUCUUUAUCACCAUUGGAAUGUUAUAAAUUCUCGGAUUGUGAUUCAACUGAUCGGCUGCUCGAUAAGGAGGAUGGUGGUAGAGGUGGGCUGUGAUUAUUUGAUCUUUUGUAUAGUAAGAAAAUGCAGCUACCAAAGCAUACUAGAAGAUGCACAUGAAUGCCAGAUCAGCCAGGGCAGUGCUGAUGGUAGACUUAAAUCCCUUAUUCUGAUGUCCUGGGUGCAUCAGAGACCCAUUUCUUCUGUUAAUUCUUCCCAUGACUCAGACAAUGACACAAUUUGACACGGGUGCUGUGGUAUUGACAA